UCUGAUUAGAAAAGCCCAGAUAUUUGGAACUGCAUAUUAAAGAAGCCUAGAAUUGGGAACUUGGGAGAGAGCAUACAUUAAGCUACACAGAGCUUGGAAUCAGAAGCUAUGAAUCCAAGAUCACUCCAGUGCCCGCAAUCAAGAGUGAAGGGCAAAACCAGAAGCUGAAACCUGAAGGUCAGCACCCUUGGAAGGGUCAGGCCUAGUUCCCCCUCAGUGAAGACAUUGUAGGGCUGGAAGUGGGAGGAGGAUUAGGGGUUGAAUCUCAGAGUACAAGGAAAGGAAAAGCAAUAGAAAACAUGCUAGAAGCUGUGCCCUCUUAAAUCCCAGAAACACGAACAAAACAGUUUAUUCAUGGGGAAUCUCAAAGGUGGAAUACGUAUUUCUACCUAUGGAUCAAUCCCAAGGAUGGUUUUAUCCUGUACUAUAUUUAUUUUCAGUCAUUUAAGAAUACUGGGUUGUAGGGCCUUCCUAUUUAAAGCUUUGGUUAUUCAGUUACCUGAAGGGGGUCACCUCCGGUAAGUAGAUAAUCCCUGCAGUGGUAGAGUCCUCUCCUUGGAAGGAGACAGAAUAUAAAAUGGUAUUAAUCUAGAUCUUGUACAUAAGGAUACAGAAGGGGAAAUGCUGCAAAAGACAGAUGUAUUUUUGUACAAAGGGGUUUUGCACUAUUGUCUUCACUGUGGAACAAAAGGACUAUUAACGAUAGGUAGUAAUUAGUGGCCGCUUGCUUUGGGUCCCUCGGUACUCGGUGCCGAAGCCAUCCCCACCACCUCCCUGCCUUACUCUCUGGCCGCGGAGCUGGGGCAGCAGUCUGGAGCCUGAACAGGCUGCAGGCGAUCGGAAAUCAACUUUGCUGGACUGCGGACGGCGCAACCUUUCAGCGGUAUCACUUCCGCCAGCGCGAGUCCUUCCGGGGCGAAGGUCACCAUGGCGGCGGCCUUGGCUCGGCUCGGGCUGCGAUCCGUCAAGCAGGUUCGGGUUCAGUUUUGCCCCUUCGAGAAAAACGUGGAGUCGACGAGGACCUUUCUCCAAGCGGUGAGCAGCGAGAAGGUCCGCGCCACCAAUCUCAACUGCACGGUUAUUGCAGACGUGAGGCAUGACGGCUCCGAGCCCUGCGUGGACGUGCUGUUCGGAGACGGGCAUCGCCUGAUAAUGCGUGGCGCUCAACUCACCGCUCAGGAAAUGUUCAUCGCUUUCGCUUCCCACGUUCGGGCCAGGAACCCAGCGGGGAGCCGGGACAAACCUGGCGCUGGUACUGAACGGUGACAUCGCGAAAGAAACCAACAAGCAGAUUUUGACUUGGGACAAGGACACUUAAGUGCGACUUCAUCAUUCAAGUCACUAUCUGGAGGGUGCCACGGAGCAGGGUGGGAUGGGAGAGCUUUGCCACUACAAUGGUUGGGGGGGCAAGAGAAGAUAGGGGUGAGAAGAGGUUUAAAUGAACUUGAAUUUUUUUCUUUCUUACCCUCACAGCUUAACCUUUUUUAAUAUGGCUUCUUACAUCACUCAAAAUACCGUUUGUUCUUGUUUACCAAACGUGCUAUUUCCUCAAUCCUCAGCUCUCUAUCUCAUUAGCUUUUGUCGCUCUUAAUUCACCUUCUCGUGGUACCCCUGCCCCUCUUGGAUUUUUCUUGCUUCUUAAACAUAAAGGCAUACUGCCCUCAUCUUUUUUUUCUUCUUUGUGUUCUUCCUAGGGCAACCCAUCCCCUGUCAUAAUUUAAACUAUCCUCUCUGGAGUAAAACCCUACGUUUCUGUUUCGUUCAAAUCCCAA